CUAUUAACUUUUUCGUCUAAAUUAUUAGGCACAUGCUCCUUUAGGAAUUAGGACCUUUAUUUGCCCACCAAAACAACUGAUGCUUCAAACCACUCAACACAAAACUUCCUCGUUCCUCCAAACAAAGAGCUUGAACCUUAACAUUGCAAGAAUGGCAUCAAUGGCAUAUUCAAUCAGCUAUCAUUAUAACCACAAAAACAUCAUUCAACGAAACACCCAUCAAUCUAUAAACUUUCCUCUACAACUUCGCAUCUUCUCUUGUCAAGAAGAACAACAGCAACAAAAGCUCAAUCGAAGAGAAGUUAUUUUAAGAAGCAGUGAACUAGCUACACUUGGAGCAAUCUUCCAUUUCAGUGGAACAAAACCAAGUUAUUUGGGAGUGCAAAAGAAUCCACCUUCAUUGGCAUUAUGUCCUGCUACUAAAAAUUGUAUAUCCACUUCUGAAAACUCAUCUGACCUUACCCACUAUACCCCUCCCUGGAACUACAACCCUGAAGGAGGGAGAGGGAGCAAAAAACCUGUUAGUAGAGAAGUGGCGAUGCAGGAGCUUCUUGCCGUUAUUGAAUCAACAAAACCAGACAACUUCACACCCAGGAUCAUGGACAAGAAGGAUGAUUAUGUGCGUGUGGAAUAUGAAAGUCCCAUAAUGGGGUUUGUUGAUGAUGUCGAGUUCUGGUUUCCACCGGGGAACAAGUCCAUUGUGGGAUAUCGUUCUGCAUCUCGUUUGGGGAGUUUUGAUUUCGAUGUGAAUCGGAAAAGAAUCAAGGCCUUGAGGAAGGAGCUGGAGAACAAAGGAUGGGCUUCCGAAAAUACUUACUAACCAUAGUCAUAAAUUCUCAUUGUAGGAGAUGUCAUUCUUUCCUUUUUCUAUAAUAUAUUCCUCACAGAAAUCAACCAUUAUAGUACAAUGGAAGUACCAAAGCAUAAAUUAAUAAUUGAAAACUGAAAAGAUAUAGCUCAACAGACAAAUUUAGUUUGAUUGUACUCCCACUCCUAGAUUCGACUUUACUGCUUUCUUCUGAAGUAAGAAUCCCACUCGUGUUUUUCUAA